AUGCAAGCAACAGAUAUAUUCUCGGACGAGUCGUGUAACUCACCAAUAACGUUGACAGUGGCUCCAGCAGCCUUUUGUUUAGAGACGGACUGUACCUUGACUACUAUCGCAGGCAAAACAUAUUACUCGGAGACAAACUGUCCAUCAAGCGUUUAUGAGCACGCAGAUGAUUUUUACGAUGAAAAAGCGUAUUUGCUCAUUGAUUUUUAUCGUGAAACAAGUUGUACGACAUACGUCCAGUCCGUGGCCUUCGCAGCCACAGGCAGCUGUCAAAUUGGCAAUGACGAACAAAGCGUCAUUGCCACGUUGAGCCCCAAUGGCUCAGCGCAUAUGACGUAUUACCUGGAUAACUCAUGCAAUCGCCCUGCUGCGAUCGAAUACACGGUCACAGAAGAUGAUAUUUUGAGCCACUCGUGUGUAUCAGGUAGAAGAUUUUAUUCGAGCGCUGACGGGGUUGCCACAAAUGGUGUGCGCGAAUUUCUCCCUCCUUCUACCACAAAUGAUAAUGGCUCGAAUGUUAGCGGCGGGGUCAUUGCAGUUAUUAUCGUUGGGAUUUUGUUUCUCCUCAUAUUUGCUGGUAUCCUAUUGUAUCGAAGAUGUCACCGACGUGCUGGUCACCAAAGUCCCCUUUCACCUGUUUUCAAUCAAUCAGACGAUCCGAGACGACACGAUGCAUAUCAAGCCCAGUCGAGCCCUUCAAAGGCGUAUUUUCAGUCAACCAGCACGACUAUUUCGGAAUUUGAUCGUCGUCAUUCCGCCCGACUGUGGGAUGACGACAUCAUUGUUGCGGCUCGGAUCCCUCGCGAAAAUUUGAAGGUGGGACAGCUUUUAACCCGUGGAGGCUAUGGAGAGGUCUACAUUGGAAGCUACCUUGGAAAAGAUGUUGCAGUAAAGAUGCUGCUUCCUGAAACGAAGAAGACCAUGUCCCACGUAAAUGCAUUUUUAUCUGAAGUCAAAUUGAUGGCGAGUCUACACCAUCCCCAUAUCGUUUCAUUUGUUGGUGUCGCAUGGGAUCAACUUAUUGACCUUUGUGUUGUGACUGAAUACAUGGUAGGUGGAGAUCUUAAAGCUUUACUCAACAAUUACGAAAAGAAUGGUCAUGCUGUCGGAUUUGACCGUACUAAAGUCAAAAUUGCUAUUCACGUCGCGAGUGCUUUGGUGUAUUUGCACUCAUGUAAACAGCCUGUCAUCCAUCGUGAUUUAAAAUCCAAGAAUAUCUUACUCGAUAAAGAUAUGAAUGCAAAGGUGACAGACUUUGGCAUAUCUCGAGAACGUGUCGAUGCGACUAUGACUGGAGGUAUUGGAACUUCUUUAUGGAUGGCACCUGAGGUCAUGAUGGGUGAACGUUAUGAUGACAAGGCCGACAUGUUCUCAUUUGGUGUUGUAUUGUCGGAGCUUGACUCCCAUACGACACCAUAUGCUUUAUCAAAAAAUAGCAGCAAUACCACAUCGUCAUCUUCAUCUGCUGAGCCAAACAAGUUACCGAACGCGGCGAUUAUGCAGAUGGUUGCAGCUGGUAAAUUGCGUGUUCAUUUUUCCGAUGCAGGUCCAAAAUCGAUAGUGGAUCUUGGAUACGCUUGUGUAGCAGUAGACCCAGCAGAGCGACCUACUGCAUCUGAAGCUUUAAAGAAACUUCGGCAGAUACUUGCAAACGAAGUUUAA